AUGGCUUCUUCUAUUCUACCUUUGUGCACUACCAAUAUUCCCUCUUCUUUCUCCAAUAAUACCAACUCAUCUUUCUUAUCAAAACCCUCUCAGCAUUUCCUCCACGGAAGGCGUAGUCAAAGUUUCAAGGUUUCAUGCAACGCCAACAAAAAUGGUGGCGAGCAUGAAAAAAACCUUGACGCUGUUGAUAGGAGAAAUGUUCUUUUAGGGUUAGGAGGUCUUUAUGGUGCUGCUAAUCUUGCACCAUUAGCCACUGCUGCUCCCUCACCACCACCUGAUUUUAAUACUUGUGGUACAGCCUAUAUAACUGAUGGUCCACCAGUUCCUUAUAGUUGUUGCCCCCCUCCUCUCCCCAAAGAUACGAGCACCAUUCCAUAUUACAAAUUCCCUCCUAUGAACAAGCUCCGUAUCCGUUCCCCUGCUCAUCUUGCUGAUGAGGAGUAUAUUGCCAAGUACAAUUUGGCAAUUAGUCGAAUGAAAGAUCUUGAUAAGACAGAACCUUUAAACCCUCUUGGGUUUAAGCAACAAGCUAAUAUACAUUGUGCUUAUUGUAAUGAUGCUUAUGCUGGUUUGGUGGGUUCUCCGGCAAGUUUUACGGUGCCGGAGGGAGCAACAAUGGAAGAUCUACCAUGA